UUCUCUCAAGUUCUCAAGUUGAUAAGAUGGAGCCCCAAAUUGGACAUGGAAAAUGCAAUCAAAUUUUUCGGAGUUGCAAACCUUAUCUAGCUAUGAUUUCACUUCAAUUUGGCUACGCCGGCAUGAACAUCAUCACUAAGCUCUCGCUCAAUCAUGGCAUGAGUCACUACGUGUUAGUGGUUUAUCGUCACGCAUUCGCUGCUCUGUCGAUCGCUCCCUUCGCACUGAUUCUCGAGAGGAAAGUCAGGCCAAAAAUCACCUUCACAAUAUUCCUACAAAUAUUUACUCUUGGCCUCUUAGGGCCUGUAAUAGAUCAGAACUUCUACUAUGCCGGCUUGAAAUUCACCUCCCCCACCUUCUCCUGCGCCAUGAGCAACAUGCUUCCUGCAAUGACAUUUAUAAUGGCCGUCAUCUUCAGAAUGGAGAAAAUCGAUCUGAGGAAGGUGAUAUAUCAAGCAAAAUUAAUCGGAACUCUGGUCACUGUUGCGGGGGCGAUGCUUAUGACGCUCUAUAAAGGUCCGAUCGUGGAGCUAUUCUGGACUAAGCACGUGCUCGCCGCUGCAAAUGGGCCGCCUCCGGCGUCGGCNGCGUCGGUGGCCGCCGACAAGGAAUGGGUAAAGGGUUGUAUUUGUCUCAUCAUAGCGACGCUUGCUUGGGCUUCUCUCUUUGUACUACAGGCUGCGACAUUGAAGAAAUACAGUGCUCAGCUCUCACUGACCACGUUGGUCUGUUUCAUGGGAACUCUGCAAGCCAUUGUUGUCACCUUGGUCAUGGAGAAGAGGAAUGCUUCAGCUUGGAGGAUUGGAUGGGAUAUGAAUCUGCUCGCGGCAGCUUAUGCGGGAAUAGUAACAUCAAGCAUUGCUUACUAUGUCCAAGGACUGGUUAUACAGAAAAAAGGACCAGUUUUUGCAUCUGCUUUCAGCCCUUUAAUGAUGAUAAUAGUGGCUAUAAUGGGCUCCUUCAUCCUGGCAGAGAAGAUCUAUUUGGGAGGAGUUAUUGGGGCUUUUCUGAUAGUGGGAGGACUGUACUCUGUUCUAUGGGGUAAGUACAGAGAGAGCAAGGAGAAGAAGGAGAAAGAAGCAAUGACUCUUCCUAUGGCAAUGAAGAGUGAAGCCACGAAAGCAGUGGAAGGUGAAGAAGUUGAGAUGAAGAAGAAGGAGUCUUCUUCCUCCUCGGUGGAUCCUUCGGCUAUUGCAGUGAUGCAGAGUGUUAACGGAGCUUAGAAACUGCUGAAAUGAAAUUUGAAUUUGAGAAAGAGAGGGAGAGCUAAGUUUUGUUAAAGAAAGGAGGAGAAUGUGUGGGAUGGAGAUUGUAUGGAAAUGAGUAAUUUGAGGCUUUUAAAUUGUCAAUAAAUUCUUAUGUAUUUGGCUUUUUAAUAGUUGUUCUAGAUGUUACCACCAUUUAUAUAUUUUUAAA